CGUGACGUUUACUUUUCCGGCCUUCCAAAUACCACUUAGCAUUCAAGCUAACAACAGUUACUAAUCCCACAUUAUUUUUGCUCUGUCGUUUGGUGACAUUAAAGAACAAACAUGAUAAAAGCUAUAUUGAUAUUUAACAACCACGGGAAGCCGCGGCUGAUCAGAUUCUAUCAAUAUUUUUCGGAGGACAUGCAGCAGCAGAUAAUUCGAGAGACUUUCCAUUUGGUUUCGAAGAGAGACGACAAUGUUUGUAACUUCUUGGAGGGUGGAAGUCUCAUUGGGGGCUCAGACUACAAGUUGAUCUACCGGCAUUAUGCUACCCUCUACUUUGUUUUCUGUGUUGACUCGUCUGAGAGUGAGCUCGGUAUCCUGGACCUGAUUCAGGUUUUUGUGGAAACUCUUGAUAAAUGCUUUGAAAACGUUUGUGAACUGGACCUUAUAUUCCACAUGGAUAAGGUCCACUAUAUCCUGCAGGAGGUUGUGAUGGGAGGUAUGGUACUGGAGACCAACAUGAACGAGAUAGUUGCACAAGUGGAGGUGCAAAACCGCAUGGAAAAGUCAGAGGGCGGUCUGUCGGCGGCCCCUGCUCGCGCCGUCUCUGCCGUGAAGAACAUGAACCUGCCAGAGAUCCCUCGCAACAUCAACAUUGGAGACAUCAAUAUAAAAGUGCCAAGCCUCUCCCCGUUCUGAGGAGCGUUCCCGCUGCGCUCUGCAGGGCCCGGAGAACUCUGCUACCAAAAGCAGCGCUGCAGCUCACGUUGACAGCACUGGUUUUUAUUCUUAACUUAAUGAACCACAACAGCUUAACCUUUCCUUCAUGCAGAUUUACCUGAUUUAAUAUAUUUGCACACUUAAAGUUUGAUUCUUGAAAUCAUCCAAUACAUUUUCUGCUGCUUGAAUCAUUGAAUUACUCCAAAUAAAUAGAAAUCCUCUCAGCCCAGUGUGAAUUUUCCCACUCUGACCAUCUGCUCUUAUUUUAAGUAAUUCUCAGCAGAUUAAAAAAAUGUAAUUUUCUGACUUUUAUUAGACGUCAUUCAGUCCAAGCGUGACGGGAUCCUUUGACUUCUGUGCUGAAAUCAUUUAAACUUUGUCUUCAGAUUGUUUUCUCCCCUGUAAUUUAUCAUGUCUCUGUUAUAACUCCUGAUGAAUGUUUCCUUCCUGGGGGCGAACAGUGAUGAUGUAAACGCUGCCUGGUUCCAGCCAAAUCUCAGCGUGCUGUCAGAGGGGGGGUUGACAUCUUUUUAGCGAGAAAGCAGAUGUUUUGUGUUUCUAUCAAUGUUUUGUGUCCUAUUUUGUUAGAGAUCUUGUGAAUUCUAAUGGAAAAUAAACACGUCUUGUUGUCAAAGACAUUCCUUUGCUAAGGUGAAGUAAAUAAACACUU